UUACUCUGUACCUGUUUCUUCUUGUAAGUCUGCAUUUUUUUGGGGUCACGUGCACACCCCCUUUAACAGUGAUUACUAAGACUAUGUAUUUAGCAGGUCACUUGGCAAGUGGCAUUUCCCUCUUUAGGAGAAGGAACUUACUCAGAAAAUCAACCUAGGUCUUCUGGGGGAUGAUCAGCAUUUACCAUCUGACAAGUGGGAGAAUCACUUUAACCCUAAAACUUGCGUUUCCUGAGGGUUCUUUCUAUUAAAUGGAGGGUGCAUUUCAUGUGGUGGAAUCGAUGAUUUAUGAAAUUAUUUUGAUUUUAAAAAUAUGCCAAAUAAGAUAAUCUUCUGGAGCCCAAGAUACAGUCAUUUGAAUACUAUUUGCCAUAUCCAAGACCUUUGGAAAGAGUAAAUAUUUCAGGACUGCAGAUAAAAUGUAGACUUUCACCACUGUGUUGGUGAGCAACAGGUCCUGCUGCUGGAGAAAAAGCUCAUAUGAACAUUUUAGUGAGUGAAACCCCCAACUUCUCGGGGCCAAGAAGAGUCUAACAGCCUCAGCAAAAUGCUCCGGGGGUCAGUCAUUGCCAGUUAAUUGGAAUUGGCUUUUGAAGAAAUAAAGACACUUGGCAUUUGCAUCUGGUCUCUUCCUCACAUUCUGGUUGAGGACAUUGUGGUUUGGCAGGUUCAGUAAGCUGUCUGCUCCCUCCCUGCUUAUCCGCAUCAGGACAGAACUCAUUUCUUGAUUCUCAUUCCUGGGCAGUUUGUUGGAAACAUUUGGAAUGUAAAUUCACCUGCCAGUUACUUCUAAGUAUUGUGCUUUCUUUCAGUGACAUGCCUAUGCUGAUGCAGAAACUUCAUCUGUGAUGAACAGUGCAGUUUUAUCAUAUGGCUUCCUGCGCAAUUGAGAAAGGUUUGAUGGCAGUGAGGAGAAUGCGCACUGCCCUGCCCACACCCUUCGUGACGCAGGAUGUCUCUGCAGGAGAGCGCGGCCUUUGCCUACGAGUCCUCUGUGCACAGCGCCAACGUCUUGCUCAGCCUCAACGACCAGCGGAGGAAGGACGAGCUGUGUGACAUCACCGUCCUCGUGGAGGGACAGCCGUUCCGUGCCCACCGGGCUGUGCUGGCGGCUUGCAGCAGCUACUUCCACGCGAGAGUCGUGGGCCAGGCUGACACAGAGCUCAGCAUCUCUCUACCAGAAGAGGUGACAGUGAAAGGAUUUGACCCUGUGAUCCAGUUUGCCUACACUGCCAAACUGUGCUUACGUAAGGACAAUGUGGACGAAGUGUGCAAGUGUGUGGAGUUUUUAGGUGUACAUGACAUUGAGGAAUCCUGCUUUCAGUUUCUCAAAUUCAAGUCUUCGGACUCCACUGCAAACCAGCAAGAAUGCCCAAGAAAAAAAUGCUUCCCAUCACACUGUCAGAAAACAGACCUCAAAUUUCCACUUUUGGACCAGAGAGAUUUAGAAAUUAGUGAGGUAGAGGAAUUUUUGGAAAAUAAAGAUGUUCAGUCUCCUCAGUGUAAACUUCGUGGUUAUCAAGGAAAUACAAAACUAUCACCUCCUCUGCAAGACAGUGCCAGUCAGACGUGCGAGUCCAUGUGCUUAGAAAAGGGUGCUGCUCUGGCUUUGCCAUCUUUGUGCCCCAAAUACAGGAAAUUCCAAAAAGCGUUUGGAACGGACAGAGUGCGAACUGUGGAGUCCGGGUUCAAAGACGUUCCCACCUCUGUUCAGCCAAGUGAGCCGUCUGAGAAUGAAUGUCCGGGAGGGAUCCAGGGCUGUGCAGCUGUGCAGAUGUUAAAAUGUGAAGAAAGUAAAAUAGCGAUGGAACAUGGAGACACCAAGAAAGAGCCUGCUCCUCAGUGCCCCUUGGGGAAGACAGACAUCUCCCCUUUCCUCCACUCUUCUGCAGACCCCCCGGGGCUCUACUCUCUGUCCCUCCUACACACAUAUGACCAAUAUGGUGACUUGAAUCUUGCUGGUAUGCAAAACACAACAGUGUUAACAGAAAAGCCUUUGCCAGGCCCAGAUGUUGGAGAAGAGAAAACAUUUGCUGAAAGUCAAGAUUUACAUUUGAAAUCUGACUCCGGCCCCAGGGAAGAGAGCAGCCUGGCUCCUGGUGACCGGAGUAGUGUGGAACGGGAGGUGGCAGAGCACCUGGCAAAGGGCUUCUGGAGUGACAUUUGCAGUUCAGACUCUCCUUGCCAAAUGCAGUCGUCACCUGCCGUGGCAAAGGAUGGAUCAGAACAGGUCCACUCACAGAAACGGUCUGAGUGUCCCUGGUUAGGGAUCAGGAUUAGUGAGAGCCCAGAACCAGGUCAGAGGACUUUCGCAACGUUAAGUUCUGUCAACUGCCCUUUUAUAAGUACUCUGAGCACCGAAGGCCAUUCGAGCAGUUUGGAAGCUGGAGCUGACGAUUAUGUCUCAGAACCCCAGCAGGAACCUUGUCCGUAUGCUUGUGUGAUCAGCUUGGGAGACGACUCUGAGACGGACACGGAAGGAGACAGUGAACCCUGUUCAGCCAGAGAACAAGAAUGUGAGGUGAAAUUGCCAUUCAACGCACAGCGAAUAAUCUCCCUCUCUCGGAAUGAUUUCCAGUCCUUGUUGAAAAUGCACAAGCUGAGUCCGGAACAACUGGACUGUAUCCAUGAUAUUCGACGAAGGAGCAAGAACAGGAUUGCUGCCCAGCGCUGCCGCAAGAGGAAACUUGACUGUAUACAGAAUCUUGAGUCAGAAAUCGAGAAGCUGCAGAGUGAGAAGGAGAGCUUGCUGAAGGAGCGAGACCACAUUCUGUCCACGCUGGGCGAGACGAAGCAGAAUCUGACUGGACUCUGCCAGCAAGUCUGUAAAGAGGCGGCUCUGAGUCAGGAACAGAUACAGAUACUCGCCAAGUACUCGGCCUCAGACUGUCCACUUUCGUUUUUAAUUUCUGAAAAAGAAAAAAGUACUUCUGAUGGUGCUGUUGUGUUUCCACCAAUUGUGAGUUUACCGGAGGGGCUCCCAGCUGCGCCGCUGGCCGGGGAGCGAAGUCCCUGCUACCCCAGUGGGAAAGGCGGUGCGUCGGGUUGUGUUCAGGGCCCAGAGUCGAGCCCAAGUUCCAGGGCGGCCCCGGAGCACACUGGGCUUGUGGAGACCUGUCGACAGAGCACAGGCAUCUCAGACUUCUGUCAGCAGAUGACAGAUAAGUGUACUACUGACGAGUGAGCCUCACGCUUCCUUCGAGCCGUCAGGUUCCUGCUGAAGUUCUGACAUAGGUCUUGAAAGCCUCAUCUAGCACCUGUCCCUGAACAAUACUGUCUUCCCUUGUCGUCUGCUAAGGAGCACCUCCGAGGUCAGCCCUGGCUUCUCCUCGACUCCACAAGAGAUGCAGAAAUGGCCUGCCUCCGACACAGCAAUCACAUGUGAACGUGUAGUGAGGCUGUGACAACUCUUUAUAAAGAAUAUUAACUGUUAACAGCACUCUUCCUCUCACUCAAACAAACUGCGAGAAUGAGGACUGGAGCAGAUCCGCACAGUCCGCGCGUGUCUGCAGACGCCCCAGGGUGUUGCAGAGCUGCCUGCGGUCUCAGCUCCGCAGCUCCUGCCAAGUCCAGGAGAUGGGGCUGCACUGUGACCCCUCAGCUCUGUUGGGACUUUGGGAAACUGGGCAGGCAGGUGGCGGAGGCAGAGGCCCUGCUCAUUGUGGUGGACUCAGAAGUUCUGGUGCAUAAACGGGGUGAGUGUCAUGUUUCUUCUUUUCCUCUACGGUCGGCACCACAUCUCUGUCCCUCACGGUCUGUUUCCACACACACUGUCCAGUGGAGGACCCGAGAGCGCUGCAGUGUCCCUUCGCUCCCCAGACCCCAGGGCCUGCCUGCCCAGAUGUCCCGGCAGAGGCCACCUGCAUUAUUCUGAGGGGCAGACACUUUCAUUCUGUUUCUGAAAUCCUGUGGUUUACUUGCAGAAAGCAUUAUUGUAGAUAAAAACGGCUCUAGAACAACGUGCAAGUUUGUGAAACAGGAGGAAACUCGAUCUUGUUUCUUGUGCAUUUGGGUUUGGAAGCCAGUUCGAAUCUGCUCUCUUCCCAGACCUGGUGUGUAAGGCACACAGGCCCUCUUGACAGCAUUUCACAGUCCCUUUGUGUUGCUGCAGCCCCGUUUCUCAGCACAGUUUGUGUGAGCCCAGUGCUCCCCUGUGGUGCUUGGCCAGCCUGGGGCACAGGUUUGUUUGGAAAUAGAAGCUAUAGACCAUUGGCCUCCUGCAGUUAAAAACAUUGCAUGUGUUCUCAGUCGCAGAAACAUUUGCAAAGCCCAGUUUUAAAGGGUACAAAGGAGCAAUUUAGGGUGUUUGGGUUAGAAAGAUCAGAUGCCAAAGAGGUUUCACAGAUGGCACCCUGAGUCUCACGCAGGCCGUAUGGCUCACAUGGGAGACGACCAUCGUCCCGUGGCAGCACAUCUGAAGCAAGGAGACCUUUGUUGUGAGUCUGUGGAGACCACAUAGAAUAUUUCAGUCAUUUGUUAAAUGCCUCCCUUUCUGGGGGGGUGGAGGGUGGGGAGAUAUUCCUAGUAUAGUUCCAGUGGUCUGUGUGCUCGCCCUGCUAUUGGCUUAGUUGUGAUAAGAGGAAACUAGUUGGGCUUGUUAAUAUUCUAGAGGCUUUUAUAGAUAACUCAAGAAUGUGCAGGGAGGAGGGUGAGUGCUGUGGUGACCACUGUCCUAUAAAGCAGUUGUGUGGACACACGUCCCCGUGUGGCUGCUGCUUUGAUACUUGUGAUUUUAAGUUUCAACUUCAGAAUAUAAAAUAAUAUGAAUGCGUUUCUGGUUUACACCAUGUAGAACCUUAUACAAGCCAAUGGAGUCCUUGACUCCCUACCUCAGUGGACACAGCUGUCACCAGUGUGUGCACGCGACCUCUGCCCGACCCCCUGUACAUAUGGCCUGGACGCUGCUUCCUCCUCUGUGAUAAAGCCUUGUUGUCUCCAGAGUUUAAACAUGAUUUUUAAGGCACUUGAUUUAAAUUUAUCUCUACCUAUAAACAGUUUAGCAUUAAGGGUUUAUUUUAAUGAUAUUCUGAUUAUUGGCCAAAUGUAACAUUUCAUAAAACAGCAUUGUUUUAACAGCCAGCAUGUGAUAUGAAACUACACUACCUCAUACCUCCAUGACUUUCAAGUUGUAACAGAGGAACAGAAAGAGAAAAUAGAUUUUAUCUUUGUCUUUUGCCUCUAAGGUGGGGAAAUGUUCUCUGUGUUGCAUAGGAUUAGACAUUUAUGCCUGUCAUCAAGUUAACUUCUAAAGAAGCUUUUUUCUAAAGAGUUGUUUUAAGUUGAUUUUUUGAGUGUCGAAGACACACAACAGGGUUAUGAGCACACAGUGGCUAUCGCUCCCUCGCAGAGGUGGGGGCUGUCUCCGUGUGUGCGAUGUGUCUACAUGUCGCUGUCCCGGUGUGCGGAUCCGCCUUCUCAGUGCUUCUGAUGUUUCUGAAGAGCUGUUCUGUCUAACUCAGCAAAAUACCAUUACCUUAAAUUUUGUUAUUAUUUCAGUAGGCCUGUAGCAAAUGAUUUGUUGUUAGAUUGUUGGUUCUCCAACUUUUAGAACAGUAUUUACUGCAGCUUAGCGUGUAACCC